AUGAAACAACAAGAUAUUGAAAAAAUCAAAAAAAUUAGAGGUCCUAAGCUUAGCAUAAAUAGCAUUGAUUCUAAUUUUAAAGUUAUCAUAAAUCGAUUAUUGGUAAAAGGGUUAUUUAAAGAGAGAAAUAAAAAGGCCUCGCAAACCUAUUAAUAAUAAUUUAAUUUUUCUAAAUUUUUUUUCUAAGAUUUUCAACCUUGAGCCCUCAUCAGAAUGUUUCGAUUAUCGGCAAAAUUAUUAUGAUAAUUCCAAAGUAAUUAAAUUUGUAUGAAGAAAUUGAAAAAAUAUUAUUGGUACUUUUGAUAUCGAAACUUUACAAAUUUAUCAUUAUAAGCAUUCAUGAAAUCAUUAUCUUGAUGCAUAUGGGAUAAAAUGUUUGCUACCUGAUAGUAGCGUUUUUUGUUCUCAAUAUGAAAAUUGCUUCAUAAUUGACUCAUUAGGUAAUAUAAAAUCAAUAUCUACUUAUAAAAAUAAGUCAAUAUUGUCUGCCAUUUAUGUUGGUGGAUGCAUUUUUGCAUGCUGCAAUGGUUUUAAAAGCUGAGCGAAAUACAUUAUUCAAAGAAAUGAAUGAAGCGAAUUAACUCCUCUUCCUCAAAGUCUUUUUACUGAAAGCGCUUUAUUUCAAAAUUAUAUUUUAUUAGGGUCAAAUAGCUCAUCAAAAAUUAUUUACUACGAUAUGCUAAUAGACUGUUUUUCAGAAAUAUCAUUAAAUUUAAAACAAUCAACAACAAAGACUAUUGUUGUACAAGAUCGAAGGAUAUUUAUCAUAGAAUUUUCUCAAUAUAUAUAUGAAAGCACUGAUAAUUUAAUAACAUGGAACACUAUAGGAGAAUGCUCUGAACUAAUAGCGCGUUUAUCUAGAACAAGCUAUCCCAUCUUUUAUAAAGAAAAAAUAUAUAGAAAAUUCCUGGGGAUAGCGCGGAAUACGCUAUCCCCAGGACCAACCGGGAUCGGAUCCCACAUGGAACGAGGGUUCCAUGUGUGGAUCCAUUUUUCACACGUGAAAGUAAAUAUCUCACAUGUGAAUCCGAUCCGGGUUGGUCCUGGGGAUAGCGUAUUCCGCGCUAUCCCCAGGAAUUAUCUAUAUUUUUUAACUGAUCAUGAGAUCUAUGCAUUUGAUAUAAACGAAAGGGUGACCAAAUCUGUGGCUAAGAUUGAUUUUUCUCAUAAAUUCUUAUAUAAUUAA